AUGAGACUUUUCGGUGGCCACAAAUCACGUUCCAACAGCUCGCCGCCGGCCCCCACGCAGUCCGACUCGUCGGGCGAGCAGACAGACGACGCUGCGCGGCCCAGUCGUGAGAGCUCUGCGAGCCCUCGGCCUAAAGUCUUUGCUAUGACCCAGGUUGCGCGACGCACAUCGUCGCCGAUCCGGAUCUUCAGGAAGGGCGUGACGAAGGCCGUGGACGAAAACUCGCUCUCCGCGUCUGCGUGCAAGGCGAUCGGCGCCACCACGCGGUCCGUGGAACUGAUCUCGGAAUCGAUCUCAGACAAAUGGAAGAGAUCUGUCGACGCACUUUUGUCCCCCACGUUACCGAGUGCCCCCACUUUCAAGACCGAGGACGAGGACUCCACGAGCACGAAUUCCGAGAUUGCGGGCGACUACGACGACGACGAGUUCGACCUCGGCCACGAGCCAAAGCCCCUCGUAGCCGAGGAGCCGAGUGCCCCGCCCAUGAAACGGUUUUCGCGAGCCCACAGCGACGUUGAGUCGUCCAUCAUCGGAGGUGAGCCCGCAGAGCAUAUUGAGCCCGACGAGGGCAGCCGCGAGACCGCCGUGGAGGAAGCGAGUCCGACACGCAAGGUGUUCUCCUUCUCUCUGCCGUUUGGCUCCAACGGCCCCCACAAAUCGGGCCGUCUGUCCUCGAUCCGGUCGGUUCUGAGCCCCACGCGAACAAUCUUCGAUCCCGACGACAAGGAGCUGCAACGCAUCGAGAUCCGCCAGAAGCUGGCGCGACAGGAAUCAAUCUCGACGGUCGAGGAGGCCGUUUUGUUCGGGGACGUCACAAAGCUCCAAGACAACAAGAUCGACGCACUCUUCAAGUCACUCAAGCCCACGGUCAAGCUGCCCCCAAACCACGAACUGCCCGACUAUUUGCGCAUUUUCCAGGAACUGGAAGGAGACGUCAUCAUCUUGGGCGGCUACCGGGGCAGCAUACUGCGAGACGCCCUUACCAAGCGACGCGCGUGGAUCCCUGUGCUCAAGGCGGGAUUUAACAUCAAAAAAAUAGACCUGCUGCUGGGCCCGAAAGACGAGGAUGAGCUGCACACGGAGGAAAAAAUAUACGCGGACGGAAUUCUGUCGCACAUCGGGCCCGUCGACAUCUGCAAAAAGCUCAUGGCCACGCUAGACGCAAACCCAAAAGUCCGCGUGCACAAUUUCGGCUACGACUGGCGGCUCUCGCUCGACAUCCCGGCAGAAAAGCUGUACGCUUUGCUCGAGGACAUCAAAAACCGGACGGGCAAGCCGGCGCUCAUUGUUGCGCACUCGAUGGGCGGCCUUGUGUCGCACUCGGCCAUGCAGAAAGACCCGUCGCUGGUCCGGGGAAUAGUGUAUGUUGGCACGCCUGCGCCGUGCUCGAAUAUCAUGGGGCCGCUGCGGUUUGCAGACCAUAUUCUGCUCUGCAAAGACCUGCUUACGUCAGAGGUGAACUUCAUGAUGCGCUCGUCGUUUGUGUUUAUUCCGCGCAACGGCGAGCUGUUCAAGGACAAAAACACGGGCGAGCUGUACAAUAUCGAUUUUUUCGACCCAAAAAACUGGAUCGAGUACAACCUGAGCCCGAUCGUGAGCUCUAUCCGGCUAGCGCAGGAGGCAGGCAAGCCCGUGCCGCCGCACGUGAAGCAGCAGUCGCGGUUUGCGAUCUCUUUCGACGAGGCCUACGACUACCUGUGUCGCACGCUCAAACGCACCUCUGAAUUCCUCGAUUCUCUUGAGUACGACGAGUCGCGCGAGUAUCCGCCGAUGGCCGUUGUCUACGGCAACGCCGUGCCGUCUGUACGGUACUCGCUUGUCGACGGCGUCGACGAAAUCAAAAUGGGCCACUACUACCAUUUUUUCUACGGCCCUGGGGACGGAGUCACCAACCAGAAAUGGGUGUUCCCGGAGAACAGAGGCUACCCGCUGGUCGGCAAGUUCAACUCCACGCUGGGCCAUGUGGCCCUGCUGACCGACCUAGACUGUAUCGGCAAGGCUAUGCUGGCCAUAGUCCGCGCCGAGCAGAAAUAA